CGGCGGCGGCGGCGGCGGCGGCGGCAGCGGUGGCGGCGGCGGCGGCGGCGGCGGCGGCGCGGGGGUUGAGCCGUGGUAGUGCGGACGCGCUCGUGCUCGGGAACUAUCGGAUUAAACUUGAAUCGAGUGAAAUUACACAAAGGAGCGCCGCUGAGGAGGCGGCCCGGGGACCCGGAGACCCUGAAACUCGCCAGAGCCCCGUUCGCCCCCGGCCAACUCCGCGCCCGUGGAUUAGACCCCUGGCCGCGGCCGCCGAGCCAACUCCGGAGCCCGUUUUGCGUUUUGUUUUCCCCUCGGCACAGGACAGCGGAGGAGCCCUACCGACCGACCCGGAAACUUUAUUAUUUUGCAUUGUUUCUUAAAAAGAGCCCUUUGAUAUUCAAAGAUGAUGGAUGAUGUUAAAGUAUAAAAGAAAUUGGGAGACCUAUAUCCAGACUUUGCCUGACACUGCAGGGUCCAAGAGAAUUAAAGAAAUACGGAAUGACAUGAAGAAGAUUAGUUAAGGAUUAUAGGCUUUGAGGACAGACACCUCGGUGAGGUGAAGCCCAGACAAGCUCCUGAGCUGUAGUGUGGAGGAGCCGUGUGUUGGAAGAAGAUGGCGGAUCCGGGAAUGAUGAGUCUUUUUGGCGAGGAUGGGAAUAUUUUCAGUGAAGGACUCGAAGGCCUUGGUGAAUGUGGUUACCCUGAAAAUCCCGUGAACCCCAUGGGUCAGCAAAUGCCGAUAGACCAAGGCUUUGCCUCCUUGCAGCCAUCCCUUCAUCAUCCCUCCACGAAUCAGAAUCAGACAAAGUUGACCCAUUUCGAUCACUAUAAUCAGUAUGAACAACAAAAGAUGCAUCUGAUGGAUCAGCCAAACAGGAUGAUGAGCAGCACCCCUGGGAACGGGCUCGCGUCUCCUCACUCGCAGUAUCACGCCCCUCCCGUUCCUCAGGUCCCCCAUGGCGGCAGUGGUGGCGGUCAGAUGGGAGUCUACCCUGGCCUGCAGAAUGAGAGGCACGGGCAGUCUUUCGUGGACAGCGGCUCCAUGUGGGGCCCCCGGGCUGUGCAGGUGCCGGACCAGAUACGGGCGCCCUACCAGCAGCAGCCCCAGCCGCCCCAGCCCGCCUCGUCGGGGCCCCCCGCACAGGGCCACCCUCAGCACCUGCAGCAGAUGGGCAGCUACAUGGCCCGUGGGGAUUUUUCCAUGCAGCAGCACGGUCAGCCACAGCAGAGGAUGAGCCAGUUUCCCCAAGGCCAGGAGGGCCUCAGUCAGGGCGGUCCUUUCAUUGCCACGUCGGGCCCCGGCCACCUGUCCCACGUGCCCCCGCAGAGCCCCAGCAUGGCGCCUUCCUUGCGUCACUCAGUGCAGCAGUUCCACCAUCACCCCCCUACUGCUCUCCACGGAGAAUCCGUUGCCCACAGUCCCAGAUUCUCCCCUAAUCCUCCUCAGCAAGGGGCUGUGAGGCCACAGACCCUUACCUUUAGUUCUCGGAGCCAGACAGUCCCCUCACCUACUAUAAACAACUCAGGGCAGUAUUCUCGAUAUCCUUACAGUAACCUAAAUCAGGGAUUAGUUAACAAUACAGGGAUGAAUCAAAAUUUAGGCCUUACAAAUAAUACUCCAAUGAAUCAGUCCGUACCAAGAUACCCCAAUGCUGUAGGAUUCCCAUCAAACAGUGGUCAAGGACUAAUGCACCAGCAGCCCAUCCACCCCAGCGGCUCACUUAACCAAAUGAACACGCAAACUAUGCAUCCUUCACAGCCUCAGGGAACUUACGCCUCUCCACCUCCCAUGUCACCCAUGAAAGCGAUGAGUAAUCCGGCAGGUACUCCUCCUCCGCAGGUCAGGCCCGGAAGUGCUGGGAUACCGAUGGAAGUUGGCAGUUAUCCAAAUAUGCCCCACCCUCAGCCGCCACACCAGCCCCCCGGUGCCAUGGGAAUCGGACAGAGGAAUAUGGGCCCCAGGAACCUGCAGCCGUCUCGUCCAUUUAUGGGCAUGUCCUCAGCACCGAGGGAGUUGGCCGGGCACAUGAGACCGAACGGUUGUCCCGGUGUUGGCCUUGCAGAUCCCCAAGCGAUCCAGGAACGGCUGCUACCUGGCCAACAGCAUCCUGGGCAGCAGCCGUCUUUCCAGCAGUUGCCAACCUGCCCUCCGAUGCAGCCCCACCCGGGCUUGCACCACCAGUCUUCACCCCCACACCCACAUCACCAGCCUUGGGCACAGCUCCACCCAUCACCCCAGAACACCCCGCAGAAAGUGCCUGUGCCUCAGCAUUCUCCGUCGGAGCCCUUUCUAGAGAAACCAGUGCCGGAUAUGACUCAGGUUAGUGGACCGAAUGCUCAGCUAGUGAAGAGUGAUGAUUACCUGCCGUCCGUAGAGCAGCAGCCACAGCAGAAGAAGAAGAAGAAGAAAAACAACCACAUUGUUGCCGAGGAGCCCAGUAAAAGUUUUGGUAAAGAUGACUUCCCUGGUGGGGUUGAUAGCCAAGAACUAAAUAGGAACUCACUAGAUGGGUCCCAAGAAGAGAAAAAGAAAAAGAAAAGGCCGAAGGUAAAAAAAGAUCCGAAGGAACCGAAAGAACCCAAGGAGAAAAAAGAGCCCAAGGAACCCAAGACCCCGAAAGCCCCUAAGAUUCCCAAAGAGCCAAAGGAAAAGAAAGCAAAAACUGCCACGCCAAAACCCAAAUCCAGCAAAAAGUCAAGUAAUAAGAAACCUGAUUCAGAAGCAAGUGCUUUGAAGAAAAAGGUCAACAAGGGAAAAACAGAAGGUUCUGAAAAUUCAGACUUAGACAAAACGCCCCCACCAUCUCCUCCUGAAGAAGAUGAGGACCCAGGUGUUCAGAAGAGACGUUCCAGCAGGCAGGUGAAGAGAAAGCGAUACACGGAAGAUUUGGAGUUCAAGAUUUCCGAUGAGGAGGCAGAUGAUGCAGACGCUGCUGGGAGAGACUCCCCCUCCAACACCUCGCAGUCGGAGCAGCAGGAAUCUGUUGAUGCAGAAGGUCCAGUGGUAGAAAAAAUCAUGAGCAGUCGUUCAGUAAAAAAACAGAAGGACUCUGGAGAGGAGGUAGAAGUUGAGGAAUUCUAUGUGAAAUACAAAAACUUCUCUUAUCUUCAUUGUCAAUGGGCAUCUGUAGAAGAUCUGGAAAAAGAUAAGAGAAUUCAGCAAAAGAUCAAACGAUUUAAGGCAAAGCAGGGCCAGAACAAAUUCCUUUCAGAGAUUGAAGAUGAGCUUUUUAAUCCAGAUUAUGUGGAGGUUGACCGGAUAAUGGACUUUGCACGUAGCACAGAUGAGCGGGGAGAGCCGGUGACUCACUACCUGGUGAAGUGGUGCUCCCUGCCAUACGAAGACAGCACUUGGGAGCUAAGGCAGGACAUAGAUCAAGCGAAGAUCGAAGAGUUUGAGAAACUAAUGUCCAGGGAGCCAGAAACAGAGCGUGUGGAGCGACCUCCUGCUGAUGAUUGGAAGAAAUCGGAGAGUUCCAGGGAGUACAAAAACAAUAACAAACUCAGGGAAUACCAGUUGGAGGGAGUAAACUGGCUACUUUUCAAUUGGUACAACAUGCGAAACUGCAUUUUAGCAGAUGAAAUGGGUUUGGGAAAAACUAUCCAGUCCAUUACAUUUCUCUAUGAGAUAUAUUUGAAAGGAAUCCAUGGCCCUUUUUUAGUAAUUGCCCCAUUGUCCACAAUCCCCAACUGGGAAAGGGAGUUCCGUACCUGGACAGAGUUGAACGUGGUUGUGUAUCAUGGGAGUCAAGCUAGUCGUCGGACCAUUCAGUUGUAUGAAAUGUACUUCAAAGAUCCCCAGGGUCGAGUGAUAAAGGGGUCCUAUAAGUUUCAUGCCAUCAUCACUACAUUUGAGAUGAUUUUGACGGAUUGUCCUGAGCUGCGGAAUAUUCCAUGGCGCUGUGUAGUCAUUGAUGAAGCCCACAGGCUGAAGAAUAGGAACUGCAAGCUGCUGGAGGGGCUGAAGAUGAUGGACUUGGAACACAAAGUGCUGCUGACGGGGACACCGCUCCAGAACACUGUGGAAGAGCUCUUCAGCUUGCUGCAUUUCUUGGAACCGAGUCGCUUCCCUUCAGAAACCACCUUUAUGCAAGAAUUUGGUGAUCUGAAAACAGAAGAACAGGUGCAAAAACUCCAGGCUAUUCUAAAGCCAAUGAUGUUGCGACGUCUCAAGGAGGAUGUGGAAAAGAACUUGGCCCCCAAAGAAGAAACUAUAAUUGAAGUUGAGCUAACAAACAUUCAGAAGAAAUAUUACCGAGCCAUCCUUGAGAAGAAUUUCACGUUUCUCUCCAAAGGUGGUGGUCAAGCUAACGUCCCUAACCUUUUAAACACUAUGAUGGAGCUACGGAAGUGCUGCAAUCAUCCGUACCUUAUUAACGGUGCUGAAGAGAAAAUUUUGGAAGAGUUUAAAGAAACACACAAUGCCGACUCUCCAGAUUUUCAGCUCCAGGCGAUGAUCCAGGCUGCUGGCAAGCUGGUGCUGAUUGACAAGCUGCUGCCAAAGCUGAAGGCUGGCGGCCACAGGGUGCUCAUCUUUUCCCAGAUGGUGCGCUGCUUGGACAUCCUGGAGGACUACCUCAUUCAGAGACGGUACCCGUAUGAGAGGAUCGACGGCAGAGUGAGAGGAAAUCUCCGCCAAGCAGCUAUCGACCGGUUCUCCAAACCUGACUCUGAUCGGUUCGUUUUCCUCCUGUGCACAAGGGCAGGAGGCUUAGGCAUUAAUCUUACUGCUGCUGAUACCUGCAUCAUCUUCGAUUCCGACUGGAAUCCCCAGAAUGAUCUCCAGGCUCAGGCUAGAUGUCAUAGGAUAGGACAGAGCAAAUCUGUGAAAAUCUACAGGCUGAUUACGAGGAAUUCUUACGAGAGGGAAAUGUUCGACAAGGCGAGUCUGAAGCUCGGCCUGGAUAAAGCUGUGCUGCAGUCCAUGAGUGGGAGAGAGAGCGCCGCCAACGGGGUACAGCAACUUUCCAAGAAAGAAAUAGAGGAUCUGCUCCGAAAAGGGGCCUAUGGUGCCCUCAUGGAUGAGGAGGAUGAAGGGUCUAAGUUCUGCGAAGAAGAUAUUGAUCAGAUUCUCCUGCGCCGCACCCACACUAUCACCAUUGAGUCUGAAGGGAAAGGUUCCACAUUUGCUAAGGCCAGUUUUGUUGCAUCUGGAAAUAGGACAGAUAUUUCCUUGGAUGAUCCAAAUUUCUGGCAAAAGUGGGCUAAGAAGGCUGAAUUGGAUAUUGAUGCCUUAAAUGGGAGGAACAACCUGGUUAUUGACACUCCGAGAGUGAGGAAGCAAACCAGGCUGUACAGUGCAGUGAAAGAAGACGAGCUGAUGGAAUUCUCAGACUUGGAAAGUGAUUCCGAAGAGAAGCCUUGCACAAAGCCGCGGCGGCCUCAGGACAGGUCGCAGGGCUAUGCACGGAGCGAGUGCUUUAGAGUUGAGAAGAAUCUGCUUGUCUACGGCUGGGGACGGUGGACAGAUAUCCUCUCCCAUGGCCGCUACAAGCGCCAGCUCACCGAGCAGGACGUAGAGACCAUCUGCAGAACCAUCCUCGUGUACUGUCUCAAUCAUUACAAGGGGGAUGAGAAUAUCAAAAGCUUCAUCUGGGACUUGAUCACACCCACAGCGGACGGCCAGACGCGAGCCUUGGUCAAUCACUCUGGUUUAUCCGCCCCAGUGCCAAGGGGCAGGAAAGGGAAGAAGGUGAAAGCCCAGAGCACACAUCCCGUGGUGCAGGAUGCCGACUGGCUGGCGGGCUGCAACCCAGACGCCUUGUUCCAGGAGGACAGCUACAAGAAGCACCUGAAGCAUCACUGUAACAAGGUCCUGCUGCGUGUCCGCAUGCUGUACUACCUAAGACAAGAAGUUAUAGGAGACCAGGCGGAUAAGAUUCUAGAGGGUGCUGACUCAAGUGAAGCUGAUGUGUGGAUCCCUGAGCCCUUCCAUGCUGAAGUCCCCACAGACUGGUGGGAUAAGGAAGCAGAUAAGUCCCUCCUCAUUGGAGUGUUCAAACACGGCUACGAGAAGUACAACUCCAUGCGAGCUGACCCCGCGCUGUGCUUCCUGGAACGAGUUGGUAUGCCCGAUGCCAAGGCCAUAGCUGCCGAGCAAAGAGGAACAGACAUGCUAGCAGAUGGCGGUGACGGGGGGGAAUUUGAUAGAGAAGAUGAGGACCCAGAAUAUAAACCAACCAGGACGCCAUUCAAGGAUGAAAUAGAUGAAUUUGCAAAUUCUCCUCCAGAAGAUAAAGAGGAAUCCAUGGAAAUUCGCACCACAGGCAAGCCCAGCGAGAGUACUGCUGAGUUAGGCCAACUCUACUGGCCCAGCACCUCAACCCUGACUACCCGUCUGCGCCGGCUCAUUACUGCCUAUCAGCGCAGCUAUAAAAGGCAACAAAUGAGGCAGGAGGCUCUAAUGAAGACUGACCGGCGGAGGCGACGGCCCCGGGAGGAAGUGAGAGCACUAGAAGCGGAAAGGGAAGCUAUAAUAUCUGAGAAACGACAAAAGUGGACGAGAAGAGAAGAGGCUGAUUUUUACCGCGUGGUAUCUACUUUUGGAGUUAUUUUUGACCCCAUGAAACAGCAGUUUGACUGGAACCAGUUCCGAGCCUUUGCCAGACUUGACAAAAAGUCUGAUGAGAGUUUGGAGAAAUACUUCAGUUGUUUUGUGGCCAUGUGUAGGCGAGUGUGUCGAAUGCCCGCCAAGCCAGACGAUGAACCCCCUGACCUCUCCUCCAUGAUCGAGCCAAUCACAGAAGAGCGCGCCUCCCGAACUCUCUACCGCAUCGAGCUGCUGCGGAAGAUCCGCGAGCAGGUUCUUCACCACCCUCAGCUGGGGGAGAGGCUGAAGCUCUGCCAGCCGAGUUUGGAUUUGCCGGAGUGGUGGGAAUGUGGGAGGCAUGACCGAGACUUGCUGGUUGGUGCUGCUAAGCAUGGGGUCAGUCGGACGGAUUAUCACAUCCUCAAUGACCCUGAGUUAUCUUUCUUGGAUGCGCACAAAAACUUUGCUCAGAACAGAGGGGCAGGAAGCAUGUCCUCCCUGACCCCACUGGCCAUCGGAUUUGGCCAGACUUCUGCCGUCCUCUCAUCUGCUCACGUUCAGGAAGAGAAGGUGACAGGACAGAGUGAAGGCAAAGUGGAGGAGUCUGGAAGCGCAGCUGCCCAAGAGAAAGCCGAGGGGAAGGAGGAGGAGGAAGAGACCGACGGCGGGGAGAAGGACAGUAAGCAGGGAUGCGAGGCCGAGGCCAGCUCUGUAAAAAGUGAACUGAAAGGAAUGGAGGUCAGUGCAGAUACAGGGCCCAAGUCUAUUUCAGAAAAAGGUUCUGAAGAAGACGAGGAAGAAAAGCUGGAGGAUGAUGAUAAGUCAGAGGAAUCUUCCCAGCCUGAAGCAGGAGCUGUCUCUAGAGGGAAGAAUUUUGAUGAGGAAAGCAAUGCUUCCAUGAGCACCGCUAGGGAUGAAACCCGAGACGGGUUCUACAUGGAGGACGGAGACCCUUCAGUAGCCCAGCUCCUUCAUGAGAGAACAUUUGCCUUCUCAUUUUGGCCUAAGGACCGAGUAAUGAUAAACCGAUUAGACAACAUCUGUGAAGCAGUGCUGAAAGGCAAAUGGCCAGUAAACAGGCGCCAGAUGUUUGAUUUCCAGGGCCUCAUCCCUGGUUACACGCCACCCACCAUGGACAGCCCCCUGCAGAAGAGGAGCUUUGCUGAGCUCUCCAUGGUCGGCCAAGCUAGCAUCAGUGGCAGCGAGGACCUCACGACUUCCCCUCAGUUGUCCAAGGAAGACGCCCUAAAUCUCUCCGUCCCUCGCCAGCGGAGGAGGAGGAGGAGAAAAAUUGAGAUCGAGGCCGAAAGAGCUGCUAAGCGGCGGAACCUCAUGGAGAUGGUUGCCCAGCUGCGGGGGUCUCAGGUGGUCUCAGAAAAUGGACAAGAAAAAGUUGUGGAUUUAUCAAAGGCCUCAAGAGAGGCAGCAAGCUCUACCUCAAAUUUUUCAUCUCUUACUUCAAAGUUUAUCUUGCCUAAUGUCUCGACACCGGUGUCCGAUGCCUUUAAGACUCAAAUGGAGCUGCUCCAGGCAGGCCUGUCACGCACACCCACGAGGCAUCUGCUUAAUGGCUCCCUGGUGGAUGGAGAGCCUCCUGUGAAGAGGAGGCGGGGAAGGAGGAAAAACGUGGAGGGUCUUGAUCUGCUUUUCAUGAGCCACAAACGGACGUCAUUGAGUGCAGAGGAUGCUGAGGUGACCAAAGCUUUCGAAGAAGAUAUAGAGACCCCACCUACAAGAAACAUUCCUUCUCCUGGACAGCUGGACCCAGACACGCGGAUCCCUGUGAUAAAUCUUGAAGACGGGACUAGGCUGGUGGGGGAAGACGCUCCUAAAAAUAAGGACUUAGUUGAAUGGCUGAAGCUGCAUCCUUCUUACACUGUUGAUAUGCCAAGUUACGUACCAAAGAAUGCGGAUGUGCUGUUUUCCUCAUUUCAGAAACCGAAACAGAAACGACAUAGAUGUCGAAACCCUAAUAAAUUGGAUAUAAACACUUUGACAGGAGAAGAAAGGGUGCCUGUUGUCAAUAAACGAAAUGGAAAGAAGAUGGGUGGAGCUAUGGCACCUCCAAUGAAGGACCUGCCCAGGUGGCUGGAAGAGAACCCUGAAUUUGCAGUUGCCCCAGACUGGACUGAGAUAGUGAAGCAGUCUGGUUUCGUUCCUGAGUCGAUGUUUGACCGGCUCCUCACCGGCCCCGUGGUGCGGGGGGAAGGAGCCAGCAGGCGAGGACGGAGGCCCAAGAGCGAGAUCGCCAGGGCGGCGGCGGCGGCGGCGGCGGCAGCCUCCACGUCAGGAAUCAACCCUCUGCUGGUGAACAGCCUGUUUGCUGGGAUGGACCUCACGAGCCUGCAGAACCUGCAGAACCUGCAGUCUCUCCAGCUGGCGGGCCUCAUGGGCUUCCCUCCGGGACUGGCCACGGCGGCCGCGGCCGGAGGCGAUGCGAAGAACCCCGCGGCCGUGCUGCCGCUGAUGCUGCCGGGCAUGGCCGGCCUGCCCAACGUGUUCGGCCUGGGCGGGCUGCUCAACAGCCCCCUGCCCGCCGCGGCCGGCAACGCCACGCCGGCGCCGGGCCAGGGGGAGCCAGAGGACAGCGCCUCCCAGGCCGAGGAGAAGGGCACCGAGAACGAGGACGAGAACAAAGAUUCCGAGAAAAGCACAGAUGCCGUUUCGGCUACUGACUCCGCGAAUGGAUCUGUUGGUGCUGCUACUGCCCCGGCCGGACUGCCCUCCAACCCGCUCGCCUUCAACCCUUUCCUCCUGUCCACCAUGGCGCCAGGCCUCUUCUACCCAUCCAUGUUUCUACCUCCAGGACUGGGGGGAUUGACACUGCCUGGGUUCCCCACGUUAGCAGGACUCCAGAACGCCGUGGGCUCCGGCGAGGAAAAGGCCCCCGACAAGGCCGAGGGGGCCUCCUUCCAGGAGGAGGAGAACCUGGAAGGCAGCGACGCUGAGGAGAACCUGGACAAGACUGCGGAGUCCUCCGUCUUCGAAGACGAAAUAGCACAGGGUGAAGAGCUGGACUCGCUUGACGGGGGGGACGAACUAGAAAACCAUGAAAAUGAUGAAUAACCAGUUCCAGUUCCAGUUAAAGUGUUUAAAACUUUUGACAAGUGGUAGUCCUACUGUUUACACUCACAGUUAAUGUUCAUACCUAGUUUUAUAAGCUGUUCUGUAACAUAGUGUAGCAAAAAAAAAAAGAAAAAAAAAAAGUCCAAGUCAUGUUAUACAGGUGUGUCAAAAGGUAUCUUGGUCAUUAAGUAUUGUGCAGUGCAUUAUUUAUUAUCCCUAGGAGAGAUGAAAUUUGAGAGGUGAUCAUGUCUUUUUAAGGAAACUUACAUAAUGCUCUGCUUUUUUUUUUUUUUUUUCCCUUUUCCUUUUGGUACCAUUGGUAUUAUAAUAAAGAGCGAUUUGUAACUGAGUGGCACUAAUGGAAGGAAGUGCUGCUCAAAGGAAGUAUGAAGUUAUAUAUUUAAUUUUUUAAUUUUAAUUUUUUUUUUUUUUUUUUUUUUUUUUUUUUUUUUUUUUUGCUGUGAAGGUCAAGAUGAAAUUUCCCAUACAUAUCAUACUUGCUCAUUGGUUUCCCUUUUGACUGUAUGGGGGUUCCCACACUUGCGCAUCCACACACAUCCAUCCACUCUGACAAUCUCCACGCUCGUGUGAACGUCUCCGUCCCGAGGCGCAGCAAUAAUAAGGCAGCUGUUGAAUGUGAAGGGUCUCUUUGGAAUUUAACCUACUGGGAGGGUUCUUGCCAGACAGAACUACAGUUCCAUUGUCUCGUGGUCUUGUGAUGCACUGGUAUAAACAGAAUAAAUAGAUGAAUAAAUAAAGAGUGAGAGAAGAGAGAAUCAGGUACCUUUUUUAAAUUAAAGGACUUUGUUACUUUAGCCACAAAGCUAAAACAGCAUUACCUCAGCUCUAAACUAGCCUUGAAGUUUACAGACAUGACUUUGUAAAUGUACUGUUUUUCUUUGUUGUGAUGUCCUUUUAUUUUUUUCUUUGAAAACUGCUAUCAUGUAAGAUAAAAUGUAAAUUACCACCAACUGUAGUAAUGAUGCUUUUAAUAAAAGUGACCCAUGAUACGCA